GCAGCCCGUGUGAUUACAGCAGCAGCGUCGCGAACGCCAUCUGUUCUGCUCCGCGUCCGCGAAAUCCGACCCCGGUAUAAGAUGGUGACUAAGAGGAUCCGCUCAGAAUAUAUGAAAAAGUUCAAAGAUCCAAAAUGGGAGACUUACAACAAAUGCUACGAGGAGAUGCUGAAGUACAGAAUGACUCGCAGGCUGCUGGAGCACACACACAACCCCUGGUUCUGGAGCGGCUCUGAUAGUGACUCAGACUCCGGAGGAAGAAGUCCGUGUUCUGCUCCCAACAGGAACCAAGUCCAGACUGACGCUGACGGAGUCAGAGCAGAGGCUGAGCUGGAGGAGUGUGAGCAGGUGAGGAUGGACAGAUCGCAAGAACAGCAAGCCAGAACCUUGGGAGCAGUGCAAAGACUUUCCAUUCCGAAUGAAGAGGAGGAAAACGUGUCUGCAGUGCACGGCUCACAGCUUGAGGGUGCCAGUGAGACUAAAGUGCUGCAGGAGGAGAGAGAGGAACAGAGAGUCAACAGCAGAAGCAGCAAACAGACGACAUCGCUUAACAGAGACCAAGUAAAACUUAGCAGAGGACCUCCACCGAAUAAAUCCACAAAACAAACCUGGCGCUCUCAACGGGUCAGACCAGCAACAAGCCGUCAGCCCAGGGAGGAGAGUAAAGACAGCAGACAUCCCUUUGCACUGUACGGCUCUGGGGAAAAGGAUGCAGACAUUGCAGCGAGGAAAACUCACAACGUUGGUCCUGCAGCUUCAACCAAGGAGAUCCAUGAAUCUGCUCUACGUGCCAGGACGAGGCGGGAGGUGGAACGUCAGAUCCAGACACAGCGAACUGAGCGGCGGAGGGCCAAAUCUGCAGAUUUGAACAAGACCAGGAGGGUGGCUCAGCCUGAGUUCAACCCUUGGCUUACUGAGUACAUGCGGUGCUUCUCUGCUCGCUGCCGAUAGGACACUCACAUGUAGAACAGUGCAUGAAA